UUGCUUACCACUCGUUCAUCCCCCAGCCCAACAUCUCUCGUCAUUUCCCCGAUUUCUCACCGUUACGUCGUCGUUUCGAUCGUCUUCCCCCCUCUCAUGGAGUGGGACAGUGGCUCCGAUCUCAGCAGUGACGACGCCUCGUCGUCUGCGGCGGAGGAAGAAGAGGAGGGUUUGUUUUCCGGCGGACCAAUUCCGUUCCCCGUCGAGAAUCUUCUUCAUACGACGCCGUGUGGUUUCGUCGUCACCGACGCCGUCGAUCCUGAUCACCCUCUCAUCUACGUCAACACCGUCUUCGAAAUGGUUACCGGGUAUCGCGCCGAGGAGGUUCUCGGCAGAAAUUGCCGCUUCCUGCAAUGUAGAGGACCGUUUGCUAAAAGAAGGCAUCCGCUAGUGGACUCUGUCGUGGUUUCUGAGAUUAGGAAAUGUCUUGAAGAGGGCAUUGAAUUCCAAGGCGAGUUGUUGAACUUUAGAAAAGAUGGAACUCCGUUGAUGAAUAGAUUGCGGCUGACUCCUAUUUAUGGAGACGAUGAGGUGAUCACCCAUGUCAUUGGAAUCCAGUUCUUCACCGAAGCAAACAUCGAUCUUGGACCUGUUGCGGGAUCUUCAGCAAAGGAAAGAUCAAUUGACAUAAUUUACUCCAAUGUCUCGGCAUCAACAGAAGGGGAGCGGAAUUUCUGCCGUGUGAUGUGUGGGUUAUUCCAACUGAGCGACGAGGUUUUGUCUCUAAAGAUACUGUCACGUCUAACCCCGAGGGACAUUGCAUCUGUUAGCUCGGUCUGUCGCAGACUUUAUGUAAUGACAAAGAAUGAGGACCUUUGGCGAAUGGUUUGUCAGAAUGCAUGGGGCAGUGAGACAACGCGUGUUUUAGAAACUGUGCCCGGGGCAAAGAGACUCGGUUGGGGCAGGCUGGCUAGAGAACUGACCACCCUUGAAGCAGCGGCCUGGAGAAAACUUACUGUCGGCGGUGCUGUUGAGCCCUCCCGGUGCAAUUUCAGCGCGUGUGCAGUCGGGAACAGGGUCGUACUUUUCGGAGGAGAGGGUGUCAACAUGCAGCCAAUGAAUGACACGUUUGUUUUGGAUCUGAAUUCAGAAAACCCGGAAUGGCAACACGUCCAAGUGAGCUCUCCUCCUCCGGGACGUUGGGGCCACUCGCUUUCCUGCGUCAACGGGUCCAAUCUGGUCGUAUUCGGAGGCUGUGGUCGGCAAGGUUUGCUGAACGACGUCUUCGUCUUGGAUCUGGAUGCAAAGCCGCCUUCUUGGCGAGAGAUCUCGGGAUUGGCCCCUCCACUCCCGAGGUCAUGGCACAGCUCAUGCACCCUUGAUGGCUCCAAGUUGAUCGUCUCGGGAGGAUGUGCAGAUUCCGGGGUUCUCCUCAGUGACACGUUCCUCCUGGACCUCUCGAUGGAAAAACCCGUGUGGAGAGAAAUACCGGCCGCUUGGACGCCACCUUCCAGGCUCGGUCACACCCUGUCGGUAUAUGGGGGGAGAAAGAUACUCAUGUUCGGGGGCCUGGCAAAGAGUGGGCCUCUGAGAUUCCGUUCAAGCGACGUAUUCACAAUGGACCUAAGCGAGGAAGAGCCGUGCUGGAGGUGCGUGACCGGGAGUGGAAUGCCAGGUGCAGGAAACCCCGGAGGAUUGGCUCCUCCUCCGAGGCUGGACCACGUGGCGGUAAGCCUGCCGGGCGGAAGAAUCUUGAUAUUUGGAGGGUCGGUUGCGGGGCUGCACUCGGCCUCCCAGCUCUAUCUGCUCGACCCGACGGACGAGAAGCCAACGUGGAGACUGCUAAAUGUGCCGGGCAGACCCCCGAGGUUUGCUUGGGGACACGGGACAUGUGUGGUGGGAGGGACGAGGGCUAUAGUUCUUGGCGGCCAAACCGGGGAAGAGUGGAUGCUUAGCGAGCUCCACGAGCUCUCCCUUGUCAGCUCUCUCACUUGAACGAACCGACAGAACCAAUAAAGGCCAAAAUUGGGGGGUUUUGUUAGAAACUCGAGUCUUUUGUUGGUAAGUAAGUGACUUGAAAAAAAAAAACACAAUGUGUUUUGUUGAUUUAUUGGAGAAAAGGAAUAUGAUAUUUGUAAUGGGAAAAGGUCACUUAUACUGAUAGGUCUUAGUGUCACUGUUUGUCUUUCCAUUGUUCCUUUCAUCUGUUCACAUUCUCUUCUUCUGUAAAGCUUUUAGGGUUCCAAGAAUUUCUCUCCUCCCUUUUCAGUUUCCGAAUUUUUUC